UUAUGCCAGAAGGGGUGGAGAUAGGGGUAGUGGCCGUAUUCAAGGAAGUGGUGGGCGAGGUGGAUAUGUCCUGCAUGGAAGAUCUGGACUGCCUCCUCGAGGACCUCUUGGGGUUAAUUCCCGACCAUCUGCACGCACAAUUGCUAAGGCAAGACUAAAACUGUCACUAUGUUUUUGUUCAUGGUCUGGUUCCUGAAUAUAGUAGAAAACUGAACGAGAAGAGAAAGCUUUUAUUAUAUGGAGGGGCAGAAGUAACAGUGAUGUUUGUCACUAAUGGAACCUUUGUUGGUUAGAGCAUCACUUAUUGUUUGGAGGCCUGAGGGGCAGAUGUAACUUUGGCUUUUAUCUCACAUGAAAACUUUGAGGGUAGAGCAUCUCUAUGUUUUCAUUUAUGGAGGGGCAGAAAUAACUGGUGGAGUGGUGGUCAUCUCUAAUGGAAACUUUUUCGGACACCACCGUUUCUUCAAACAUAUGAAGGAAAUAAAUGAAAAAGAAAGUUUGUGGAUUUCUUGCAAUAUGACAUGUAUAAAUUAUGAGGCGCUCAAGAAGGGACUCCAUCAAUCCUCUUGCUAUUAUGGAGCUUCAAUAUGCCCCUCAUCUGACAAUUUUGGACUCUGUUACACACUCCCACUGAAGUUCUUCUAGGCUGCCUCCAGAACAAGUGCUCUAGCCACUUGUCUCCUUGGCUUGUGAUAUCGUCAUUUAACAGAACCAAAGACAUGACCUGGAGACCUGAUCUAUUUAAUGAUAGUAUGGCGGCUACUGGAAUAGAAACUGGUACAAAAUUGUACAUUUCAAACUUAGACUAUGGGGUUUCAAACGAGGAUAUAAAGGAGCUGUUUUCAGAAUUUGGUCAUUUGAAACGCUUUGCUGUUCACUACGAUGGUUAUGGCCGCCCAAAUGGCACUGCAGAGGUGGUGUUUACAAGGAGAAGUGAUGCAAUUGCUUCACUGAAACGUUAUAAUAAUGUUCUACUUGAUGGGAAAGCUAUGAAGAUAGAAGUCAUUGGAAGUGACUUAGGCUUGCCUAUGACACCUCGUAUAAAUGUUGUUGGGGCUUCUAAUGGCAGAGCUACAAGAACAACAGUUGUUAUGAUGCCUGAGUUUGGUCAACGUGGCAGAGGUUCGAGCAGUAGACCUUUAAGUAAUCCCGGCAAUAGAUGGAACCGUGGUGCCUUCCAAUCUGGGAGAGGCCGAGGCUGGGGCAGUGCCCCGUUCCAGGCCCGAGGCAGGGGCCGUGGUCAGUUCCAGGCCCGAGGCAGGGGCCGUGGUCAGUUCCAGGCCCGAGGCAGGGGCCGUGGUAGGGGGAGGAAGCCUGAGAAGACUGCAGAUGAGCUGGACAAAGACCUGGAAACCUAUCAUGUGGAAGCUAUGAAAACCGAUUGAUUGCAAGCCUACUGAUGAUGGGCGCACUACUGAUGAUGAUUUGAUAGGUUGUACCCGUUUGAGCUGUAGUAAUUUUCUGGGAGCAGAGAACAUAUUUCUGCUUUGGUUUCAGAAAACAAUUCCGUGUAGUAGCUUGAAAUCAGACGCAGUGUGUAGUGAUUUUCUGAAAUUGGCAGCCUGAUAUGUUUGUGCAUCAGUUGCUCUGGGUGUUAUCAUGAAUGCUGCAUUGUCAACGUAGAGAUCGUAUUUAUGGCUUAA